AUGGCAAACAGGCAAGCAGUGGAGGCGUUUGAUCGAAUAAUGCAAGACAUCAUAGGGGUGGCACUCCCAUUCGGCGGAAAGAUAAUGGUUUUGAGGAUACGGUUAACGCUCAAUAUGAGAGCACACACUGAUCCGCGAUUUUCAGAAUUUUUAUUAAAAGUCGGUGAUGGAGAUGAAGAUGUGGUGGACGAAAGCUUUUUUCGCAUACUGGAUGACAUGACCAUUCCCUAUACUGAUAAAGGUAAGUCAAAAGAUGCGUUGAUUGACGCAAUCUUUCCAUCUCUGCAAAUCAACGAAGCUGAUUCGGAUUAUAUCAUUUUGAGAGUGAUAUUAUCAACUAAAAAUGAGAAUAUCGAUGAGAUUAAUGAUCAGUUGAUCGACAAGUUUUCUGGAGAUGAAAAAAUAUACUACAGCUUCAACGAAGCAGAAGAUGAUAAGAAUAACAUAUAUCCGAUGGAGUUCUUAAACUCUUUAAUUGAUAUAUUUACGGAUGAGUGCAUCACGAAAACUAAAUAG